ACAUUUCAAUGAGUAGUCUAAUGUUUAUUAUGUUUCUAUUUAAGGUAUAUGUAUGACACAUUGAUGCGGGGAACUGAAUUGUGUAACCGAUUCAAUUUUAUUGCUGCUUCCCGUAUCAACACAACGUUUAUAAUGAAAAAUCCAACAUCCGUAAUGAAUGAACUAGUCGAUAGAUUCAUGGUGGCCGGCGAUAAUAUUACACCCAGUUUGUAUUUUUUACCGUUUAAUUCUGGCAACGGUGGUCACUGGGUGUUGGUUGCUAUGGAUCUUUCGAGACUAAUGGUGUAUUAUCUCGAUUCGUUACCGGGUAAUUGGAGUAAAUAUCCGAGUAUGAAGAAGACGGUUGACGCGGAAAUACUAAAAUUUAGAUCGAAAAAGAAUUAUCGUAAUAGGAAGGACAUUACCUGGGUCAGAGUUCAGUGUCCUCAGCAAAACAAUUCGAUCGAUUGCGGAUUUUUUGUAUUGAGAUUUAUGAGAGAUAUCAUUGCGUUGAAUCGUAUAGACAUCCCAAAAAUGUACUUUGACGAAUACAAAUCUUACUCAAGAGCUCAUUUGGAUGAAAUGAAGGAUGAAUUGUGUCAAUUCAUUAUUGAUCAUAGAAUCAUAUAGGUUGUAGUUGUUGUACAUAUAUGUAUGGAAUGUUGUUGUACAUGCAUGAAUAUCAAUAUAUUAAUGUUGUAUAU